CGCUGCCGCCGGCCGCGCUCCUGCGCCGGGGACUCGCAGCGGCGGCAUCGGAGGUUGGAAUCGCCGCACUGGGGACGACAGUGGCUGGCGCCGCUUCUUAUCCCUCGCUCCAUUCCUUCUCCUCCGCGGCGGGUUGCGCGUCGGCGCAAGUCCCGAGCCCGUCGUUCCUCCUCAGUCAGCCGCCGCGGCGCGCACUGCAGGUCGCGCAACGGGAGAGGGACGAUUUGACGCUGCGACCCCCCCGCCCCCCCGUUUUGGUUUAUUUUAUUUUUUAUUUUUGUAAUCAUUAUUGUCCGUCCCUGUUUCUUUCCUUGCUCCGCUCCGUGGUCUUUGCCGGCGACAAGGACAGCAGUGCCCCUCGGGGAAGCCGGAGCCCUGCGGAUGCGUCUCCCCGGGACUGGGGGAGCUGACUCGGAGUGGAUUUAUUGACUCGCGGUUGCUUCCGAGCUGCCCGAAAGAGCCCGAGCUGGUGCCCGUGCGGAUUGCAAACUGCGGGGAGCAGUGAGAGACAUACAGGAGGAGCCGCGCGCCGAAGCUGUGUCCUUUUCCCCCUGACCCUUUUAUUUCUCCCGCCACCCUUUAUUUUACCUCUUUUUAAUUUAUUUUUUGUUUUACUCCUUUUCACGCGGGCCUUAGACACUGUGAACGCGUAUGGCGCUCUGGAUCCAAAUGGGAGUUGGCAGUUUGAGUGGCAUCUUCCAAGGCAGCCGGGAGACCCCCACUAAGAGGAAGGACUAAGGCGUUUGCUUUCUUUUUUUUUUUUUUUUUUUUUUUUUUUUUUUUUUUUUUUCUAUUGCUUUUACUUCGGAGGUAGCUUGGAUCUGACCUCAGAGGAGAUAUUCCUACAUGCGAGUGGCAUACAUGACUCAGUAGAUCUGCUUGCACCUCUCGCCAAGUGCAUCGUCGACUCUUACUGAUUUUUUAAAUUUUUUUUUAUUAUCCUUUUUUUCCUAUCAAUCAUCCCGGCUGUUGGGAUACCGGGCACCCACCCUGCUGUUGCCGCUCAGGUGCGUGGGAAGGCGCACGGCGGAGUUGGCGAGGCUCCGGGGAGGGACUCGGUGCCGCCUGCGACCAUGGCAGCGCGGAGGCGAGAUGCCUCCGCCUGGAAGUACUGCUGGGGAGCCGUGAUGGUUUUAUGCAGAACUGCACUGGCGCGGUCCAUCGUUUUAGACCCCAUAUAUUGGAAUUCCUCUAACCCCAAAUUCCUUCCUGGACAAGGAUUGGUACUAUAUCCACAAAUAGGAGACAAACUGGAUAUUAUAUGCCCAAAGGUGGACUCUAAAACUAUUGGCCAGUAUGAAUAUUAUAAGGUCUACAUGGUUGAUAAAGACCAAGCAGAUAGCUGUGCUAUUAAAAAGGACAAUACACCUCUACUUAACUGUGCCAAGCCAGAUCAAGAUGUUAAGUUUACCAUCAAGUUUCAAGAGUUCAGUCCUAAUCUCUGGGGCCUGGAAUUUCAGAAGAACAAAGAUUAUUACGUCAUAUCAACAUCAAAUGGGUCUUUGGAGGGCCUGGAUAACCAGGAGGGAGGGGUGUGCCAGACAAAAACCAUGAAGAUCCUCAUGAAAGUUGGACAAGAUCCCAACUCAGCAGGGCAGCCCCGGCACACGGAUCCCACCAAGCGCCCUGAGCAGGAAGCUGGCACCAAUGGGAAGAGUUCUACCACCAGCCCCUUUGUGAAGGACCACUCAGGAUCUAGCACAGAUGGCAGUAAGGCUGGGCAUUCCAGUAUACUGGGUUCAGAGGUGGCCUUAUUUGCAGGGAUUGCAUCAGGGUGCAUCAUUUUCAUCGUCAUCAUCAUCACUUUGGUGGUUCUUUUGUUGAAGUACCGGAGAAGACACAGGAAGCAUUCCCCGCAACACACGACAACUCUAUCACUUAGUACAUUAGCCACCCCAAAACGCAGUGGCAACAACAAUGGUUCUGAGCCCAGUGACAUUAUCAUUCCUCUAAGGACUGCAGACAGUGUCUUUUGCCCCCACUAUGAAAAGGUCAGCGGCGACUAUGGACAUCCGGUGUACAUAGUUCAAGAGAUGCCUCCUCAGAGUCCAGCAAACAUUUAUUACAAGGUCUGAGGAACACACAACCAGCUCUGUGGUACAGUUGAGUCGUAGAGGAAACUCACUGGUCAGAUGCUUUCUGUUGGGGUUUGUGAUGACGCCUUGUGCGCUAGCAUUGACUUAAGCACAGGGGGGAGAAGGCAACAGCUCUUUCUCCAGGAACCGACGCGAGCUGGACAGCUUACCUAGUCUGUAGAAUCCCUAUCUCGGUGAAUAAGUAUUCACUAAAAGCUGGAAGACUUUAUGUAGAAGAUGCCCAUUCUGAUUGCUGUACUCUUGUUACAUUCAUCAUCCUCAAAGCCAUGUGCUGUGGGCAUUCAGGCAUGUACAAAAGCCAAGGGAAGAUGGAGCAAUCUGUGGAUGUUAAUAGCUCUAGGCAUCCUGGCAAGGUGCUCCAGGAUAUAUCAAGCUUGAAAUGCAAUCUUCUGACUUUUGUGUGUCUCUCUCAGUGCGUACUGGAUUUGUCAUACAGACCUUGGUGUCUAAGUAAGACUUGUUAAAGUUCUCUUGCUUUUAGUCCGUCACUGUUCCAUUUGUUUCUGUUAUCCGGGGCUCUGCCAUCCUUCACAUAAGAUUUCCUUUCACUCCACCUCCUGAAUCACUAAUGGAACAUUAAUGUUUGGAGAUCCGCACUCCAUCCAUCUGCUGCAGCAGCCUCACUCGAAUGGGUAAUGCAUUUAUAAAAAUUGUUUUUGAUAGUAAGGAGCCUUCCAGCCAAAAAGUUAGGCUGUCAACAAAGUCAAGAGCAGGACUGGGUGGUGGAGGGAAGGGCUGAUUAAGGUUGCAGUUGAAUAUUACUGCCUCAGAAAUAGAAGCUGGGAAGAAAAAAAAAAUGCAUUUAGGUAGCACAGCACUUUGGUAUGCUAAGUUUUAAGAGGCAAGUAGGAAACACAAUAACAUGUGCAGUGGAUUAAGGCUGCAUUUGAAGGAAUUCACGGUUAUCAAAUACCAGUGUGCAGAAAAAAAUAGUACCUUCAAUACAGUAGAACAAAGGGGUAUUGUUAGUAAGUCAACAAGCCUGAAGAAGACAAGACAAUAGCAGGCCACUGAGGAUGUAUUAGGGCAGGGCUGUUGUGGUACUGGCAAUAAAAUACACAGCUUUGAAGCUGUAGCAAAAACAUAGUCUGCCUUGGAUGACUUUUAAGCAGACUCAGCUGCUAUACUAUCACAUUAUACUAAACACAGGGAAAGCAUUUAAGAAAAUAACUGAGAGCCAAGUGCCCAAGAUGAUUAUAAGCCAGUGGGUCAAAUGAGCUAUAAUUCUAUCACUGAUAAAGUUGUGGGGAAAGCAAACAACAAAACACAAAACCUUGCUCAUCUCUAAGGCAGAAUUUCUCUGUGACUGACCCUUUUGGCACUUUGGCUUAUUGUAGUGCUGUCCCUGCACAGUGAGUGUAGGUACUGACUGACACAGCAGUUCAUUGGUGCUCUGUUGCAAAGUUAAAGCACAUAUGGCAAACCUCUGGCAGUCCGUAAGAGUAAAAUAAAUUAUGACACUGAGAUGGAGAAGGAAAAUAUGUCUUAUUUAUAUUAGGUGUAUAGAACACAAGGGAUAUAAAGUGAGAGUUUUUCUUUUGUUCAUUCUUUCUUACUUUUGGUUUGGAUUUUUUUACUAAUAUAUAUUUUGAGAUUGCACAGAAUCUACACCAGAAGAUGUGAAAUUCAUUUGCGGCAAUUGCAUAGUCUUAACUUGUCAUCAUUUUCCAUAUAUAUGUGUGUGUGUGUGUCUAUGUAUAUACACACAUAUAUAAGUAUAUAUGCAUACGUAUGUAUAUAUAUGUAUGCAUAUUCGCACAUUUUAAAAAAACAUAAAAUACUUCUGGGGGAAAAAAAAAACAGCUAUCCUAAACCACCAGUGGGAGCAUAGUUAAAAAAAAAAUUCCAAAGCAUCUUGUAAGAGGAAAGUAGAAAAUAUAAGGUCCAAAAUAUCAGGAGUUCAUUGUUAAUGCAUCACAUAUUUAACAGCAACAAGAUGUGCCGGCAUUUAUUUUCUGUGUUGUGUUUUCCCUUGCCUUACAGGCUGAUGUGUUCUGUAGAUUGUGUUGAGGUUCGUAGAGGGGGUUUUCAGGUUAAAGUUUUCUCUUUAGCAUGGCUAUUCCCCUAAAACUCCCAGCCUAGGGAGGAAAUAAAAAAAAAAAAAACCUCUACUUUUAUAUGUGCUAUGCAAAUAGACAUUUCUAACAUAGUCAUGUUACUAUGGUAACACUUCGCUUUCUGAUUUGGAAAGAAAAUGUAGCAACAGCAUUUUAGGGUUCUCAGACCUCUGGUGAGCACCUGCAA